AUGUCUACUGGCAAGCCGGAUCAGGGACCUCAGCCUGUCUGCUUCAGUGGCCCAUGCACCAUGAUCGUCAAAGACGGCCAGUCUAAGGAAGAUAUCACCUGCCGUUGUGGUUUUGGAUACUUUGAUAAACAGAAGAACGAGUUCAUUUCCGGUAAAUUGGUUCGGGAAGGUAAAGCACUCACCCGUCAACAGUACGAGCAACACGUUCGCGCCUGCGACAGGAAAGACAUCGGCCGGCCGAUCCUAAGCAGGAUGUACAUUGGCAACCAGAAUCAGCAGACGACAAUCUAUCAUGGCUCCACGGGCAGUAGCAAGAUGGCUGAAAGUCUGGAGGAGGUCAAGUCUGAACUGGCAGACCUCGCGACCCAGUCGACUAAAUCCCAAGACCACCGACACGUGGGCGCCCAAUUCUCCUCGCAUCCGACUACAUCACAAGACCACAGGCAUCUGAGCAGCUCUGCCAGCGUCGCGCCCCGGCAGCCCCACUCGUACUCGGGUAGAAAUCAAGUCGCAUAUUCCACAGAUGCUACGCGCCACGGACAGCGGCCAGAACCAGCCAGUCGGAGACCUUCCGCAACAUCGAGGCCUACUGGUCACAACAAUCGGCACUCACAUAAGGAGGAAGAGUCCGAUUCAGAGAACACAGAUAGUUCUGACGAGUCGGUCGCGCCCGAGAACAAGAAAUAUGCAAGGAGACCCUCAUCGAGCAUACCAAAAUCAGGCGUGAGCAAGGAACGAAGUGACUAUAGUGCGAGUUCAGCCCCACAAACCAAGUCCAGGCACAUAGGCGACCCAGGGAGAGAACCGAGAGCGCCUGAGACACGUGUCAGACAGACAGACUCAUCUGAUCGCAGAGCCCUGUCCCCAAGGGGAGUCAACAUGCCCGUACGAAACUCGCAAAACAAUCUCAAUAUUGCUGUCGACCCAAAAAGCGCACGGCCGCUCGUGAGUUCCUACCAGCCAGCAGCACAAUAUCCGACGGGUGGAAAGGGGAAGCAGCCAGACCGAGACCGCUACGAGAGACAUAAAUAG